GCUGUACCUUCGCCGCAGGGGUGUGGCAUGGACGGCCUCCGCAGGGGUGUACAGAGUCACCACUGAUUGCCCUCGCCCGGGACCCUAGCCCGCAGCCUCCUCUACGCGCACCGACUCGACAGUCAUCCUCGGACCUGCAGGGACUCCCAAACAGCAGCCGCCACCCCGGCCUCGGAGUCACCUCCGGAUUCCCUGAUCGCCUGGCAUCAGAGCACCAAGUACCCUCUGGCCAGUGCCCCGCAGAAGCCGUCGGUGGACGCGGCGCGCCAGGCACCCAAGUCCUCUGCCCGCAGCACUCUCAGUGUAAGGCGCGGAGCCCCGGCAUCUGCCCUCGGGGAUCGGGAUCCCGGGCCUGCACGGCCGUCAGCAGCUGUAGACGACGGGGGGCACGGGGGACCGCGGCGCCAUGACGGCUGAGAGCGCGCCGCCGCCCCCGCCGCAACCCGAGGCACUGGCGACCGUGAAGGAAGAGCGCGGUGAGACGGCGGCGGGCGCGGGGGUCCCGGUGGAGGCAGCAGGCCGUGGCGCGGGAGGACGGCGACGCAAGCGCCCCCUGCAGCGGGGGAAGCCGCCCUACAGCUACAUCGCGCUCAUCGCUAUGGCCAUCGCUCACGCGCCCGAGCGCCGCCUGACUCUAGGCGGCAUCUACAAAUUCAUCACCGAGCGCUUCCCGUUCUACCGCGACAAUCCCAAAAAGUGGCAGAACAGCAUCCGCCACAACCUCACGCUCAACGACUGCUUCCUCAAGAUCCCGCGCGAGGCGGGCCGCCCGGGCAAGGGCAACUACUGGGCGCUUGACCCCAACGCUGAGGACAUGUUCGAGAGCGGCAGCUUCUUGCGUCGGCGCAAGCGCUUCAAGCGCUCGGACCUGUCCACCUACCCCGCCUACAUGCACGACGCUGCAGCUGCUGCUGCUGCCGCCGCCGCCGCCAUCUUCCCAGGCGCCGUUCCGGCCGCGAGGCCGGCCUACCCGGGCGCCGUCUAUGCGGGCUACGCGCCGCCGCUCGCCGCGCCCCCUCCGGUCUACUACCCUGCCGCGUCGCCCGGCCCUUGCCGGGUCUUCGGCCUGGUCCCCGAGCGGCCGCUCAGCCCUGAUCUGGGCCCCUCGCCGUCUGCGGCGGGCGGCUCGUGUGCCUUCGCGGCUGCGGCGGGCGCGGCUGGCACCGCGAGCUUUCAACCGGCGGUGUGCGCGGGCGCACGACCGGUCAACCCCGCCGCUUACGCCGCCGCCUACGCGGGCCCCGACGGCGCGUACCCGCAAGGGGCGAGCAGUGCGCUCUUCGCCGCUGCUGCAGGCCGCCUGGCCGGACCCGCCUCGCCCCCCGCAGGAGGCGGCAGCGGCGGCGUGGAAGCCACCGUGGACUUCUACGGGCGCACGUCGCCGGGCCAGUUCGGAGCGGCGCUGGGGCCCUGCUACAAUCCCAGUGGGCAACUCGGGGCUGGCAGUAGCGGCGCCUACCACUCCCGCCACGCCACCGCCUAUCCAGGCGCAGUGGAUCGAUUCGUGUCUGCCAUGUGAACCAGAGUUAGGCACGAAACCUCACAGACUCCGCGACGUCCUAAAAGAUGUAAAACCCGGGACCGCGGACAAGACUAAAAAGUAUAUCGGAUUGAGACUCACGUGCAAGGCCCCUGAGGACCUCAGAGGCUCGCUGCCUUGCACUGUUCACAGACCCGAUUUGCCUUGGA